UAUAUACACGGGGCGCCUUACUCACAGCCUGUUCUUGUCUCCUUACCCUCUGUCUCGUGAAGAGUGUUGAGAUGAAGUUGCAUGUGGUGAUUCUUGCUGUGCUGGUGAUAAUGGCUGCUGCUUUCUCAGUUCAUGGCCUGCCUGAACCCAGAGCAGAACCUAAUCCUGAUCCCAAUCCUAUGCCCAGUCCAGUUGCUGACCCUGUAGCUGGUCCUGGUCCAUACGCUGCUCCUGAAGCCAACCCUUGGAAAAGGAAGCAUCACAGAGGAGGUCGCAGACGCUGCUGUCAUGGCUAGAUAUUGACAAGUCUUUCACAAGCUGAUACUAUGCAUUACCACAACAAUGGCUACUGAUAUACAAUUCUUUUAAGUAAUAAAGAUAUCCUUCGCAUUACGA